AUGUCCGGACCCGGCGUCGGCCACGAGUAUCCCCCACAAGAAGUGUCAUGGCUCAAGCGAGACGUGCUCCUCUUCGCCGUCAGCAUCGGCUGCACAGUGGAUGAACUACAUUUUAUCUACGAACUGCAUCCCAACUUCGCCGUGUUUCCCACCUACUCGAUCGUCCUUCCCUUCAAGAAGACAUCGCAAGAAGUGAUCGAUUUCUACGCCGCCCAAGAGAGCACCUCGAUCCCCGGCGUGCCCAAACUCGACUCGAGACGCGUCGUCGACGGCCAGCGGCUGAUUCAGUUUCUCAAACCCCUGCCCACGACGUCGGCGGGGCGCCAGUUCGAACUGCGCUCCAAGGUGCUGGGCGUCUAUGACAAAGGCAAGCCCGGCACUGUGGUCGAGACCGAACAGACCAUCGUCGACAAGGACACGGGCGAGGUCUACACGCGCGCAGUCGGCAGCGGGUUCUUCGUCGGGCAGGGCGGCUGGGGCGGGCCUAAGGGGCCGUCGACUGUCAAUUAUCCUCCGCCGAAGGGGAGGGAGAAUAGUCCUGACAAAGUCGUUGAGACGCAGUUGACGAAUGAGAGCGCACAUUUAUACAGACUCAACGGCGAUUACAAUCCUCUACAUGCCACUCCCGAACCAGGGGUGAAGAUGGGCUUUGGCGGCCCGAUCAUGCACGGCCUUUUCAGUUGGAACACAGCGGCGCAUAUUCUGUUGAAGGAGCUGGGCGGCAGCGAUCCGGCGAAUAUGAAGGAGUUCCAGGCUCGGUUUGCCGCGCCGGUCAAGCCGGCUCAGAAGCUGAUCACGAAGAUCUGGCGCACCGGCGACAUCAAGGAUGGUUGGGAAGAGGUGAGAUUUGUGGUCGAGGUCAAUGGCAAGGUGGUGCUCAGCAAUGGUCGGGCGUUGAUGAAAUGUGUCGGGAGCAAGAGCAAGCUUUGA